GCCGCAAUCAAGCGACGAACUUGACUCAUGGCGCACACGGCACCCCUGCUCAUCGCUCUGCUGGUCGCCCUUGCCACCUCGCAGGCGCAGGGCCAGGAUGACGACUUCUUAGAGGACAAGCGCGGAAUCUCAGCGUUGGCGCGCAACGGCGAUCUACCUGGAACUGUGUCGUACGAGCUAAAGCGUUUCGCGCACCCCCUAACAUGGCGUAAACUGGAAGACGAAAAGCGGGUGGCCCACCCGAUGUCCUACCAGAAGCCCAAGGAAGAGCAGGAGAAACGCUUUUCGCACCCCGUCGCCGAGCAGUGGGCUUACGCACGCGACGCUGAACUGGAGGCCGAGCGUCAACUCUUGGCCGAACUUCUGCUGAACGACGCUUUGGAGAAGCGCAUGGGCGUGGCCUCUUUGGCGCGCAACAACGAGUUGCCCGGCAAACGCAACAUCGCCGCCAUGGCGCGCGACGGCUACCUGACGCAGCACACGCGGCAGCCGCAGGACGACAACGAGGACGAGAACGAACUGGAGGAGGUGGAGGAGAAACGCAACGUCGCCGCGCUGGCGCGAAACUUCCAGAUGCCCGCCGGCGGCAAACGCAACUUGGCGUCGCGCGCACGCUCCAUGUCGCGCUACGCAGCCGUCAAGCGAAACAUCGCGACGCUUCUGCGCAGUCGCGUUGCCGGCAAACGUCAACCGUUUGCGUACGCACGUCUUUCCGGCGUUAGGGACGACGAGGACGAGGACGACGAUGAGAUUGAGAAACGCAACAUCCAGGCGUUGCUACGCACCAUGCGUCCGCCGGGUAACGCGCGAAACCGCUUCGCACGCAGCUUUCCCCCGAUGAUGGCCGCCCUCUUCACCAGGGGCCAGAAAGACGAGAGUAAACGACACUUAGGCUCAGUGCUCGGUGGUCGCCGUAAGCGGUCAGCUCUGCACGACCCUCUUGAGUCGAUCGGCGGCCCAUUCGUCGAGUACCCAGCCUCUUUGAGCACCGAGUACGACUAUGAAGAGGCCAGCGCGCCGAUGCACGAGGAAAAACGCUUCUUAGGAGCUGAAGUGGUUGAAGAUCAAGCGUCGCCGCCGAUGCAGAAGCGCAACAUCGCGUCCAUAGCUCGUCACGGAUGGCUCCGCUACUAGCCGCGACCCCUUUACCUUCCCUCCGAUUCUGAUUUUUUAUCUGUUUCUCUUCCGACCCUCGUUCCUCCACCCCUCUUGCAACCGACCGAGCCUCUGGAGGCCGCACGCAGGGCCCUCCGAGGCGUUCAGGGGCUCGGUCGGCGGGUGGGUUGGCGCUGGGUCUGACUGACUCUAACGAGAGCGACGACGCUGCUGAUUCAGGGCGCAUCCCGCACAUGGGCAGGACGACGAGCGGCAGGUCGUCGUCUGGCAACGCACAGUCGCGCCGCCGUCCCAGGCAGGCCUGAGCACCACCAAGCAAGUCGACGCACUCGAGAAGACAAUACGCUCGCAACAAUGACAAUAAACAGAAAGAUGAGAUGAGCAAACAAGCGCAACCCGCGCGGCCUAACGGAGCAUGUCGACAAUAAAUUUAAAAAAUAAAACCAAACAAGCGUUUAUC